CCCGGCAUGAAGAGGCGGCCGUGACGGCGGAACAGGGAAAUGAAGCGGUCGGACAGGCUGGCCCGCCGGAGCACCGUCAGCCCGUCAUCACAGCGUUCUAUGGACUCCCCCCGCCGCGCUACUCGUCUCUCAGUACCGGCCGGAGCUCCGCGGGUCUAAAGCGACCACUCACACCUCUCAUAGUGACGAUCCACCGGGGUUUUGUGAUUGUUUUAAAAGUGGAGCCGCCGGCGUCCUGCUAACUCUCCUGCCCGGGCUGCCAGCGCUGUUCGGCCGGACGUUAUUCGGUGAGUUGUUGCUGGACUUCCCGAGGCCGUGAUUUUGGCUUGGAUUGCCUGUCUUCAGUCAUGCCUUUUCCUUUUGGAAAGUCUCAGAAGAGUCCAGCUGAAAUAGUGAGGAGUUUGAAGGAGAAUGUUGCAUGCAUGGAAAAGCUGGAUGUUGGAGACAGUAAAAAAUGUGAAAAGGUUGCGGAGGAGGCGUCCAAAAAUCUUGCUUCACUGAAGGAAGUGCUUUGUGGAACAGGUGAUAAGGAGCCUCAAACUGAAGCUGUGGCUCAGCUUGCACAGGAACUGUACAACACCAACCUUCUUAUUUCCCUCAUUGCAAACCUGCAGAAGAUAGAUUUUGAGGGGAAGAAGGAUGUGGUCCAUUUGUUCAGCAACAUUGUUAGACGUCAGAUCGGCACCCGCACACCGACGGUAGAAUACAUUUCUACACACCCUGAGAUCCUCUUCAUGCUUCUGAAAGGAUAUGAAAAUGCAGAGGUGGCUCUGAACUGUGGCAUGAUGCUAAGGGAGUGCCUGCGCCACGACCCUUUGGCCAGGACGGUGCUCUACUCUGAAGACUUCUUCUGCUUCUUCCGAUACGUGGACCUCUCAACCUUCGACAUCGCCUCGGACGCCUUUGCCUCGUUCAAGGAUCUCCUGACAAGACACAAGAUUAUGUGUGCAGAUUUCCUGGAGAACAACUACGACAGGGUUUUUACAGAAUAUGAGAAGCUCCUGCAUUCUGACAACUACGUCACCAAACGGCAGUCUCUGAAGCUUCUUGGUGAACUUCUCUUGGAUAGACACAACUUCAGUGUCAUGACAAAGUACAUCAGCCGAGCUGAGAACCUGAAACUGAUGAUGAACUUGCUAAGAGAUAACAGCCGAAACAUCCAGUUUGAAGCAUUCCAUGUCUUCAAGGUAUUUGUUGCAAACCCCAACAAGACUCAGCCCGUGCUGGACAUACUGCUGAAGAACCAGACCAAGCUUGUGGAGUUCCUGAGCCACUUCCAGACAGACCGAUCUGAAGACGAGCAGUUCUGUGACGAGAAAAACUAUCUGAUUAAGCAGAUCCGGGACCUGAAGAGACCCACGGCGUCCGAGGAAGCUUGAGGCUGCAGGAGCGGCCGGUUGUCACAUGGUAGAUUAUAGAGUGUGGAUCUCGAGGAGAUGCAUCCAUCAACCUGAACGGGCCAAGAACUGCCAUUUAAUCCACAGCGCUUGUUGUUUAGUGUUAAUGAAAUUCCUUUACCGAGUUCUUAUAACGUUGGACCUUAAACUGUCACUCCCCCACAUACACGGAUGCUGGCAGAGACCAUAGAAUGAGAGAAAUGUCUCCCCAUUCACACCUAACACAAGCUCUGAGAUGUUCUUGAGAAGCCUUUUCUAUAUUUUACUUUGACUCUUUUUUUCUUGUUUUUGGAGAUUGAAAUGCAGAGAAGUAAAUAUAUUAUUUUUCCAAUGUAUCUUCUUGGGAAACUGCUUACACUUCCUAAAUGCUUAGGUUUGGUUUAUUGGGCUUAUUGUACGUUUUUGUGUAUAUACGUCUGUCUGUGUGCGUGUACAGGGACAUGCAUGCGCUUUAAGAAAUACGGCUUUGGCAGCGUGACAUCGGGAUCAUAUUGGCCAGGUCAGCACAUAGUAGUCAUUUUAUUGCUUUUUUUCCCCCCCCUGUGUGUGUGCAGCCGUCAGAAAUGACCCAUGCACUGACUGUGCUGUACUUGCCAAUUCAUUAGUUGUCUAAUCAUAUUCCACUGAGGAAUCGAUGAGUUGAGUUGGGAUUCAGUUUUUAGGCUGUGUUCAGUGACGCUUGCACGACUGAAAUGGAAACACGGCAUCAGAUAGUGCUGCAGGGUCCGGGCCGACCGUUCAGGGUUAACAUGAACAACCAGCUAAUUGAUCUGUGAGCGCUCCAUCUUCACACGCCGAGUUCAUACGGCAGCGCUUCAACCAAACAUGAGCGUUGCGUAACACGGCAAGCAGAAUCCCUGUCUGCACACUGAUGUUGCUCGCAAGGAUUCAUCGCAAGAGCUGCAUGUCUAAUACGUUUGUAGCAAAGCAUAGUGUGUUAUUUAAACAUCCUGGAGAAACUUAAAACUGAGCUUAAUUAGGGUCGUCUGCUUUCCUUGAUCAUUUCAACAAUCUUUUUUUCUCAUUUGCAAUACAUUGAGGACCUGCUGCACAAAAAAAUGCGUAAAGAUGUUUUUUUGUUUUUUAAUUAUUUCCUUAAAUUACAAUAAUUUGACCUGUGAUGCAUCAGAAUGUAGCAGAUAUCACAAUAUUGUCCCAGACUAGAGGAACCAUCAGAUGGUGCGUCAUCUUUUAAGGCAUACUUUAACAAAAAACAACAAAUGAAUAAAUUGGCCUUUUUGUUUUUGUGUGUAAUCUUGGGUGCAGAAAAAGAGGGGAAAGGGUGGGCAGUAUUUACAUGUAGUGAAAUGUAAGGUUUAUUUUAGAUAAGUGCUGAGUUUAUUUCUCACAAGCAUCACUGUUUGUGUUAAAAUUAGUUUUUUUUUUUUUCCUGUUUUUAACCCUCUACCAUUGUCAUCAAAAUGGCUGAAAUUCAAGAUUUUAGGAUGUCUGUGUGGAAAUACCUCAUGGGUCUCGACUGCAGAUGCUGUGUGCUUACUUUCCUAGACGAGAUAUUUUAUUUGGUAUUUUUUUGUCUGUAUGAUGUGUAUGUUCAGACUUGAACGGGGACUGCAGCUUUAUUUUCACAAUGGAAAACCAGAAUUUUAGACAAAUAUUUCAUUGUGUGGUGCGACAUACGUGCUAAUUCAUAGUGAAUUGCAGUGUGGUACCUCUUAAUAAACGUUGCCUUAUUUAAAGACAUCGAAUGAAUAGUAAUAAUCUUGGUGAAUGAAUUCAAGGCCUCUUGAUUGGUUUUUAAAACCAAUGUGAAUAUUUUGACUUAGUGUGGGCAUCAAAAUGUAUGCGUUCCCCACACACCUAUCCUGUACAAAGAUCUAAGACCCCACUAAACAUCUGUGAUAAGUAUAAUUACCUCUACCUCUAGGUGACGCUUUGUUUAGUCUUGUAUCUGCAGAACUGUUUGGGCAGGAACAAAGAUGAUUUUUUUUUUUUUUUUUUUUUUUCUUCCUCCAAUUCUUCUCAAUUCCUCAAUCAAACCCAUCAACAUGCAGAAUCCACUUCAAAUGUAUUCACUAGUCAAACUUGUGGGAGCGGCACUACUAUAGCCUUUAGCUUAUAUAGUCAGUGAAUAGGCUAGCUUUUACAAAUGAACAGCAAAUCAAGUUCAUGAUGUUCAUCACUUUCACGGGCUGCUUCAUUACGGCCUGCAGGAAGAAAGACCACAUUUAAGGCUAAUUGGCCUGUAGAGAGGUUUUGCUCAUAUACUGAGUUAAAGGUAUAAGUGAAAUUACAAUUACAACUUUAUAGAGCGGGUGAGAAGGCAAACUCUUCCAAGUCUUCCUCAAGUUGUCACAAAAUUCGUUUUGUAUCAUCCAUAGACCGCAUUUACUGAAAGAGGAAAAAAGAUGUGAUUUGUCUGCUUCAAAGAUUGAGCCAGUGAUUAUUACAGACGUGGCCCCUUAAGGCGGUAAAUAUGUUACUGAUUUACAAGUUAAAAUUGCAAGAAAGUCAAGUCGGAUGAUCACCCUUGAAAUUCUGGCGACACUUUCUCCCCAGGGGUGUUAUUGAAACUGUUUUAAUGGUGGGUACAUGUACAGGCUGGUCCAGUAUUGGGUAUUUAAAAGUGAACAAAAACGUAAAAAAUUAAGGAACGCAGCUGUGAAUGUGGUACUUAAAAAAUAGACAGAGGCUCAACUUUCACUGUCAUGUCAUCAGGCGAUGAAAAGAGGUUUGUGAAGAUGUUUUUGAGAUUCUCAAAACAUCCUGAAACUUAGCUAAAUUUCAUAAUUUUGUAACAAAUACAGCACAGUUUGAAACAGUUUUUUAAAUGAAACUUGAUGACGCAUUGAGCAAAAAGUCUAUAUAUAUGUGUGUCUAUGUAACAGUAAAAUUACUAUAAUAACGUUAUUUAACAUAUGUCUAGAAAACAUCUGUGUUUUUAUGAGUGAAUAUGUAGUUUCUAAGAACUUUGUGGAAAUUUGAAUCCGAGACUUUGGAGUGAGGCGCUGUGGCGGUUAUUCCACCAGGGGGCGCUGUGGCAGCGGCUCUGCAGACCGGGCCAGGCUUCACUUGCAAACACGGCUGAUAAUGAGCGUAACAAUCACUGGCAACAUUAUGCAGACAUCUUUUUCGUGCUUUACUCCAGUGCCUUCUCUUUCCACACUGGGUAUUUUAUUCACCAUUGGAGUGGUUUAUGUAUAUAUAACGUUAUAACUGUAUAAAAGAUCAUUGAAGUGUGAAGCAUUAAUGAAAAUAAAGAGUUA